AUGGCAAGGUAUUUCAUAGUACCAAAAGUUUUGGUUAUGCUAUGUCUAACCAGCAUCGUUGUCACACAAGCACAAUCACAGCCAUGGUCAGCACUACAAGCACCCAAAGAACUAAUCCAGAAUCUUAGUCGUGACCCUUUGACCCUUUCACUAGCCUCAACCGAUUUCGGCCACAUAAUUCACGUAAACCCGGUGGCAGUUUUUGAACCAUCGUCCAUUAGUGACAUCUCGAAUUUGAUAAAAUUCUCAAAUUGUCUUCCCAUCCCUUUCACUAUAGCUGCCAGAGGGCAAGGCCACUCGGUUCAUGGACAAGCCAUGGCACAUGAUGGGGUUGUGGUGAAUAUGACUGAGUUAAACGGUUUUAGAAAUGGGACUGGGAUUAUAGUGUCUGAUGAGAAGACUCCAUUAUUUGGUUAUUAUGCUGAUGUGGGUGGUGAGCAGAUUUGGAUUGAUGUGUUGAAUGCAACCCUUCAACGUGGACUUACACCCCUCUCUUGGACUGAUUAUUUGUUUUUAUCUGUUGGUGGAACUCUCUCCAAUGCUGGGAUCAGUGGCCAAGGCUUCCGGUUUGGUCCUCAAAUCUCCAAUGUUCAUGAAUUGGAUGUUGUUACGGGGAAAGGAGACCUAGUUACUUGUUCUGCGGAGAAGAACUCAGAGUUAUUUUACGCCGUUCUAGGAGGUUUAGGUCAAUUUGGGAUUAUAACCAGAGCAAGAAUAGCUCUAGGACCUGCACCCACGAGGGUGAAGUGGCUCCGUUUGCUUUACAACGACUUCUCUGCAUUUUCUGGAGACCAAGAACAUUUAAUCUCAUUUAAUGGAAGAAACGAAACUAAUGCAGCUGAUUAUGUAGAAGGUGAGCUCCUGCUAAAUCAGCCACCACUGGACCUUUCGUUUUAUCCACCACUUGAUCAACCUCGCAUAACUUCCCUGGUAACCCAAAAUAGCAUCAUCUACAUCCUAGAGCUUGUCAAAUAUUACGACAAUAAUUCUCAAGAGCAUGUGGACGAGGAAGUUGAACUUUUGGUCAAGGGGUUAAAGUUUGUUCCUACGUUUAUGUUCGAAAAAGAUGUGUCGUACGAAGAGUUUCUGAACAGAGUUCACGCUCAAGAACUUGUACUUAGAUCACAAGGACUUUGGGAUGUCCCUCAUCCUUGGUUAAACCUCUUUGUUCCAGGAUCUCGAAUCUCGGAUUUCGAUGAAGGUGUGUUCAAGGGAAUUAUUCUUGAGCAAAAUAUUACUGCAGGACUUGUGAUAAUCUACCCCACGAACCGAACAAAGUGGGAUGAUAAGAUGUCAGCAGUUACACCUGAUGAAGAUGUUUUCUACAUAGUGUCUCUCCUGCAUUCAACUGGGUUUGACAAGGUGGAAGCAUUUCAGGCUCAAAACCAACAGAUAUUACAGUUCUGUGCGGAUGCUGAUAUUGGGAUCAAAGAAUAUCUUCCCCAAAACAAAACUCAUGAAGAAUGGGUGGAACAGUUUGGCCCCAAAUGGGAAGUUUUCAAAGAAAGAAAAGGUCAUUUUGAUCCGAAAAGAAUAUUGUCUCCAGGACAAGGGAUUUUCAAUUAA